UUACUUUCAUUGACACCCACUACAUACAGUAUAAAAGAAUAAUAUGUGCCUACUCCUGGCACUAAGCUUUGGGUACUAUCCAACCGUAAGGAUGUACACGCUACAAAUCCUGGUGCUAAGCUUCCUCUGUUUAUUGGGCAGUUCGGUGACAGCUGAAAAAGAAGCUUCUGAUGGGUACCGGACUCCUGAUUUCUGUAAAGGGAUAAAGUGUCCCAGGUAUCGAGUGGUGAAGAAAUAUAAAGGUUUUGAGCUUAGAGCAUAUGAGCCAACAAACUGGGUAACAACCAAUAUAGAUUGGAGUCGUGAUGACCAUGACAUUAAGAGUGGAUAUUUUCGUCUCUACCAGUAUAUCAAUGGAUCAAAUGCAAAAGGUAUAUUAGUGGAGACAGGACAACCUUUGAUGAUAUUUGUUCCAUUAAAGGAAAAUAAACGCGCUUCCAUGUCAUUUUUCCUGCCACCUGAAGUGAAUGUUCCUGAACCGUCAGAGAACGUUUUCCUACAAACUUUUGCUGAAAUGUCCUUAUAUGUUAGAACAUUUACGAGUCCUGCACUAGAUAUUGAUUUUAAGAAAAAUGGAAACAUUCUAGCGAGAAAGUUGGUUUCCCAGGAAAAAACAUUUGAUGAUUCAUUUAUUGGAUGCGUUGUCUAUGAUCCAGAGACAAUCCCCCAUCGUAAUGAAGUGUUUUUUAAGGCGCAAUAGCCUGCAUACGUUAUAGAAAUUUAAUUGGAUUAAUAUCCUGU